AUGUCAACAGCCGCAACUGUUAAAGAGGCCGUCAAGGAGACGCUCGUCGGCUCUGUCGAGCCCGAGCAGUACUCGGCGCAGACCAAAGCGCGCUUCAACCGCUUCGCUGUCAAGGAUGCCGAGACCGGCGACUUGGUGCUCGGGCCGGACGAGUUCAUCAACGCCAUUGCCCCGCCGCAAGAAGACUACCACAAGAUCAAGAGGGAACAAUACUCCAUCCUGUUCCACGUCGCCGACCGGACGAAAAAGGGCAAGCUGUCCCUCGCCGACUGGGGGUACUUUGAGAACAUCCUGAGCAAGCCCGAUGCCGAAUAUGAAAUUGCCUUCCGCCUCUUCGACGUUGACCGGCUGGGCAAUGUCAAGUAUGAGGACUUCCGCCGCCUGUACGAGCUGAACAAGGGGCCUGACAGCAUCCCGUUUGACUGGAACUGCGAGUGGGCAAAGCUGUACAUUGGCGGCAAGUCGAACCGGCAUAACAUGAACUAUCAGCAGUUCUCCCAGAUGCUGCGUGGCCUGCUGGGCGAGCGCGUGCGCCAGGCCUUCCAGCGCUUCGACGUGAACGGCGACGGCUUCAUCGAGCCCGAGGAGUUUGCGACCAUCAUCCAGCAGACCGCACGCCACAAGCUCUCGGACCACCUGCUGGAGAACCUGCACACGCUGUGCAACAUUGCCCAGGGCAGCAAGAUCUCGUACGCGAACGUCCGUGCCUUCUUAAACAUGAUCAACGAGAUGGAUCUGGUUGAGCUCAUCGUGCGCCGGGCCUGCUCCAAGAGCAAGGACGGGCGCAUCACCCGCGCCGAGUUCCUCAACCAAGCCGCCAAGAUCACCCGCUUCUCGCUGUUCACGCCCAUGGAGGCAGACAUCCUGUUCCACUUCGCCAGCCUCGACGAGCCGUCCGGCCGCCUUGGCCUCAAGGACUUCACCAAGGUGCUCGACGCCGCGUGGCGCCGCCGCGACGAGAUUGAGGACAGCCGCGUGGCCGCAGCGGCGGGGGCUGCCGGCCGGAGCUUCCUUUCCCAGGCCGUCGAAUCGGCGUACAACUUUGGUCUCGGCUCCAUCGCCGGUGCCUUUGGCGCCUUCAUGGUGUACCCGAUCGAUCUGGUCAAGACGCGCAUGCAGAACCAGCGCGGCGCCGACCCGGGCCAGCGCCUGUACAACAACUCGAUCGACUGCUUCCGCAAGGUCAUCCGCAAUGAAGGGUUCCGCGGCCUGUACUCGGGCGUGCUGCCGCAGCUGGUCGGUGUUGCGCCCGAGAAGGCGAUCAAGCUGACCGUCAACGACCUGGUGCGCAACUGGUUCACGGACAAGAAGACUGGCCAGAUUUGGUGGGGGUCUGAGGUGUUUGCUGGUGGUUCCGCUGGUGCCUGCCAAGUUGUCUUCACCAACCCCCUCGAAAUUGUCAAGAUUCGUCUUCAAGUCCAAGGCGAGGUCGCCAAGAGCGUCGAAGGCGCCCCCAAGCGCUCCGCCAUCUGGAUCGUGCGCAACCUCGGUCUCGUCGGCCUAUACAAGGGCGCAUCAGCCUGCCUACUGCGCGACGUCCCGUUCUCCGCCAUCUACUUCCCGACCUACUCCCACCUCAAGCGCGACCUCUUCGGCGAGUCCCAAACCAAGAAGCUCGGCGUCAUCCAGCUCCUCACCGCGGGCGCCAUCGCCGGCAUGCCCGCCGCCUACCUCACCACCCCCUGCGACGUGAUCAAGACCCGUCUCCAAGUCGAAGCCCGCAAGGGCGACACAGCCUACACCGGCCUGCGACACGCGGCCCGGACCAUCUGGCAAGAAGAAGGCUUCCGCGCCUUCUUCAAGGGCGGGCCGGCCCGUAUCUUCCGCUCCUCCCCGCAGUUCGGCUUCACGCUGGCUGCGUACGAGCUGCUGCAGAAUGUGCUGCCGUUUCCGGGCAAGCCGACGGAGGCUAAGGUGGCGGCGGGCGUGGCGGAGGCGGUGUCCACGCUCAAGGAGAAGGCGGUCGAUAGUCCGUUCCAGCGGUCGCGGAAUGCGCUCAAGGUCCUGCUCGAUUUGGAUGAGCACUUUGGGCGUGCGCCGCUGGGGCCGAGUGCCCAGGGCUGGAAGGCGUUGCCGGGGUGGAUGGGGCCGAAGUCUGAGGCGUAA